AUGCCUGCCUGCGACCGGCGCUAUUUCCUCCUCGCCACCGGCACCAUCUGCCUCAUCCAGCUCAGCUGCAUCAUCGAGGAGUGGAUCUUCAAGCAGCUGCACGGGUUCCACUACUUUUGGUUUGUGGCGCUGAUCGAGCUGCUCCUCUUCACCGUGCUCGGUCACGCCUCUUCUGCGAGCGAGCAGGGCAGGUCCGUGCUGUCGAUGCCGUCGAUGCAUCCAAGCGGGCCGAUGCGCCUCUACGCGGUCUCUGGCUGCAGCCUCGCCGCCGGCACCGGGCUCGGCAAGCUGGCGUUCAAGCACCUCAACUAUGCAACCGGGACGGUGCUCAAGUCGAUGAAGCUGCUGCCCGUGAUGGCGCUCUCCGUUUGCUGGCUACAGCGGCGGUACAACGCGUGCCAGCUGUCCGCCGCGUUGCUGAUGGUCGCGUCCGCGUCGCUCUUUGGCCUCGGCGAGCGCGAGGUGGAGACUGAGUUCAGCCCGACGGGGAUCCUGCUCUCGUUCCUCUGCCUCUUUGCACAGGCACUGCAGAACACGAGCACCGACCGGCUGCUGCGAGACCACGGCGCGACCGUCCACGAGACGAUGACGCUCUCCAACGGGUGGGGCUUCCUCGUGACGCUGCUGCUCACCCUCUACACGGGCGAGCUGCUGCCCGCCGUCGCGUUCUUCUCGCGCAGCUGGGUGUACUGGGCGCUGCUGCUGCUGCGCUGCGUACUCUUCUACCUGGGCGCGCUGCUCUACACGCGGCUCAUGCAGGACAGCGGCGCGGUCGCCGCCGUGUUUGUCACCACCAUGCGCAAGGCGCUCACGGUCGUCAUCUCCUUCCUCCUCUUCCCAAAGCCAUGGACGGAGAAGUACGCGGCGGGCGGGCUGCUCCUCCUCGCCGCCAUCGUGUGCGAGUACCACGGCAAGGCGGGCGACGCUGCGGUGCGCCCGCGCCAGGACCAGAGCUCCGCCGACAUUGCCCGAGAGCUCCUCUCGAGCAUGAGCAGCAGGGCGAGCGAGCACGAGCACGAGCCGCUCGCCGCGGGGGAGAGGGAGAGCAAGGCGAGCAGCAGCGACCCGGAGGCGUCGGGCCAGAGCGGGGCCGAGGGAGGCCACGAGCUAUGCCAGACUCCGUCAGCGUGGCUGUACCUCACGGGGAGCAUACGCCGGCCGAGGCACUCUCGUGGAUAG